CUCAGAUACAUUAUUAUGUUAUUCAAAAACUACUGUUAUUUAUAAAAUUGAUCGCAACUCGAGAUUUCAGUAAUUUCGUAUUUUACUUGUUAUGAACUUGCUCCAACCCAUCAAUAAAAGCAUAAAAGCGCUCUAUACUCUCUUUGCCUAGAGAAACUAAGACUCAAUAUAUCAAACAUUCGCCCCACUUUCUUGAUUCACUAAAGUUACUCAUUCAUAUUUUCAGUUCCGUUUUCAGCUCUGAUUUUUGUCCGCUUUGAUAAAUAAGCUACUAGUUCUGACCUCUGCUAUAAACAGUGAAAAACUCAGUUGUUGCAGUCUUGUCAAUAUUGACAAAAAACAAUUCUGAAAAUUUUUGUAAAUACUGAAAAAUUCAGAUUUUGCUGAUUCAUGAUGUUCAAACUGAUUUCCAAUCUGAGCUUCGCUUUUGUUCUUCUGCAAAUAACUCAUUGCUAUGCAAGUCUUGGCACUGAAGCAACCACUGGCGAAAUUGUUCUCUCUCAGGACCAAAUCGACAAGUUCAAUUCCGGAGAUGAGUACACCCGGGAUUUAGUGAUGACACAAGUGAACUUAUUUUUCCAGAGCCAGGUUAAUCAGACAGGGGUAUCAAACAUUCCGGUGGCUACAAGUGACUUCAACACACUUCAAGUGAGUGUUCCCGGCUUCACUAUCCCUACGGGAAAUUGUUCUGUCAAAAGCCCGAUGAAAAUCAAUGUCAAGCAAGCACAGGUGGACGGAUAUUUCCAGCCAUCGAGUUUUACUACAGGAAGUGUGAAUUGUGAUAAUAAUGGAAACAAUUUCUUCAAAGUUUGCCUGAACAGCAGCGCCACGCUUCAUGCUUCAGUUCAAGGGGUGUUUGGUCAACGACUCUUUUGGAAUCACAAUUGUGUGUUCGUUUGGGAAAAAACGUUUCCACUUAGUUUGAAAGCCAGCGGCCUAAUUGAGCUGGAAGCAAGAAUCAGUGCCAUCAGCCCUCAAAUUACACUUGUCGGCAACCAACAACAACUGCGUUUUGGAUUCAACAUCACGCUCGCUUUCAAACCAGAGUAUUGGCAGAUUGAUAAAGUAUCCGUGUCGCGAUGCAAUAUCAUGUUUCUCGGUCUUAAAAUUGGUUCUUACUGUGGUUGGAUUGCAAAUAAAGUUGAAAAAAGUUUUCAACCCUACAUCAACAACUGGAAUAACUUUGAAGCUGAUAAAAUCAUCUCGAUUCUGGGAAAACCGAUGAACAAAUCGGUUGGUGAUCCAGUAACUAUUCCUGUCAGAGUCGUGAACAAAGUAAGUGAAGCAGAACACGAGAUGAAAGUCGGGUUUUAUCAGUUCGAUAACGACGACUUGAAAAAAAGUAAUCCCGAAGACGAACAAGAAAUGCGUUUCUUCUCAUUUCUGCGCAGGGUAAAGAAUUGAGCGCAAAAACUUACGUUUCGAAAAUAUAUAUAUAACUGAAAAGUUGCUAAAAUAUAAUCUAAAUCAUGUCUGUAACCUACGUUGUA